AUGGCAGAAUUCACUCUUCGUGGUGCUUGGGAAAGCCAUGGAUUACUGGGUCCCGCUGACAACUGCACACUGCAAGAGCUGGGCCCUGGAGAAAGUGCCCGUGCUGCAGGAGCCUGGUGCUGGACAAUGCCACCCAUGUUUCAGGAGCCUGUUGAGAGAGCACAUUGGAACCAGGAAGCAACCCUGUCAUCCUGCAAUGACAAAGAUUCUGUGCAAGCUAGUGGCGGAGCAGUCUCCCCAGCAAAGGCAGACACGCAGAUCUUUGUGAAGACCCUGACAGGCAAGACCAUCACACUUGAGGUCGAGCUCAGUGACACCACUGAAAACGUCGAAGCUAAAAUCCAAGACAAGGAGGGCAUCCCACCUUACUGGCAUCGUCUGAGUUUUGUGGGCGAACAGGUGGCGGAUGGCCGAACUCUCUCAGUCUAUAAUAUCGAGAAAGAGUCCACCCUGCACCUGGUGCUUUGUCUACAGGGUGGCAUCAUUGAGCCCUCCCUCCGCCAGCUUGCCCAGAAGUACAAUUGCAACAAGAUGAUCUGCCCCAAGUGUUACACUCACCUGCAUCCCUGUGCUGUCAACUGCUGCAAGAAGUGUGGCCACAUCAACAACCUACCUCCAAGAAGAAGAUCAAAUAAGGCCUUUCAGCCUGCAGGGCGGCUACCUGCCCAAACCCCUUGUCCUGGGGGCCUCAAUAAAGUUUCCCUUUCAUUGACUGGAGCAGUAAACAAACAAACAAACAAACAAACACUGACGCUUACGCAGAAUUGUAGAAAAUUUUGA